UAACCCUGUGGACAGGAAAGCAUGGCAAAGAAGGUGGCAGUGAUUGGAGCUGGCGUCAGUGGCUUGGCCUCCAUACGGUGCUGUCUGGAAGAGGGGCUGGAGCCCACCUGCUUCGAAAGGAGCAAUGAUGUUGGAGGCCUGUGGAAAUUCUCGGAACAUGCAGAAGAAGACAGAGCCAGCAUUUACCCGUCUGUAUUCACCAACUCUUCCAAGGAGAUGAUGUGCUUUCCGGACUUCCCGUACCCUGAGGAUUACCCCAACUUCAUGCACCAUGGCAAGCUCCAGGAAUACAUAAGGACAUUUGCUGAAAAGAAGAAUCUUUUAAGAUAUAUACAGUUUGAGACCCUGGUUUCUAGUGUAAAGAAAUGUCCCAGCUUCUUAGUUACUGGCCAAUGGGAAGUUGUUUCAGAAAAGAACGGGAAGCAGGAAUCAACUAUUUUUGAUGCUGUGAUGGUUUGUUCGGGACAUCAUGUGUACCCCAAUCUGCCAAAUGAUUCUCUUCCUGAAACACAUGUCCACUCAAAAAUAUUAGAGUUCCCAACUCAAGGCAUGAUGUUCAUAGGCCAAGGCCUAGACCAGUUUCAGGGCCACUACCUCCACAGCCGGGAGUAUAAGGGCCCAGAAGCCUUCAAGGGGAAGAGGGUCCUUGUGAUUGGCCUGGGGAACUCGGGAUGUGACAUUGCUGUGGAGCUCAGUCGUCUGGCUACACAGGUCAUGAUCAGCACCAGAAGCGGUUCCUGGGUCAUGAGCCGGGUUUGGGAGGACGGCUAUCCUUGGGACAUGGUGUACAUUACCCGGUUUGCAUCCUUUCUCCAGAAUGUCCUUCCUUCAUUCCUCUCUGACUGGCUAUAUGUGAAGAAGAUGAACACAUGCUUUAAGCAUGAGAACUACGGCCUGAUGCCUUUAAAUGGUGCCCUGAGGAAAGAGCCUGUGUUCAAUGAUGAGCUCCCAUCACGCAUCCUGUGUGGCACACUGUCCAUCAAGCCUGGUGUGAAGGAGUUCACAGAGACCUCAGCCGUGUUUGAGGAUGGGACCGUGUUUGAGGCCAUUGACUUUGUCAUCUUUGCAACAGGCUAUGCAUACGCCUACCCCUUCCUUGAUGACUCCAUCAUCAAGAGCAGAAACAAUGAGGUCACCUUGUUUAAAGGCAUCUUCCCUCCAAUGAUGGAGAAGCCAACCUUGGCCGUGAUUGGCUUUGUCCAGUCCCUUGGGGCUGCCAUCCCCACAGCAGACCAGCAAGCCCGCUGGGCUGCUAAAGUGUUUGCAAACUCAUGUACCCUGCCAACUACAAAGGAAAUGAUGGAUGAUAUUGAUAUGAAAAUGGGAAAGAAACUCAAGUGGUUUGGACAAAGCCAGACUUUGCAGACAGAUUACGUCACAUACAUGGACGAGCUGGGCUCCUUCAUAGGGGCCAAGCCUAACAUACCAUGGCUCUUCCUGACUGAUCCCCAGCUGGCGCUGCAGGUGUUCUUUGGUCCUUGUAGCCCAUAUCAGUUUCGACUUAUGGGACCAGGAAAGUGGGAGGGGGCCAGAAAGGCCAUCUUGACCCAAUGGGACCGUUCAGUAAAGCCAAUCAGGACAAGAGCAGUCAGUGAAGCUCACAGACCACAACCUUUUUACAACUUGUUUAAAAUUCUCUUAUUUCCACUGCUUCUUCUACCUGUUUUGCUUGCACUUUAUUAAUGAGAGAGUUCUUGGGUCUCAGAGUUCAGCCUAGAAGUUCAAUUACUGAUAUGCCUAUACAUGUACACGUAUAAAAUCUCAUACCUGCUCUUUCCCUUCCUGUAGAUGUAAAAAUGAAUUCUGGCCCAUUUGACUCAAAGUCCAAAUAAUGAAAAAUACUCAGCAUCUCCUUUUUCAUGAGAAUCUAGACUCUAAAAGGCUUAAUUGGCAAGUUUAGAGAUGCUCGAGGUAAAGAAGAUGGGACAGUAAAUGGGAGGGCAGCUUUGUAGGCUGAACAAACUUUAAUAAACGUUUUAAAGGGUGUUUUGUCAUGGGGAGAAUUGAUAUCACAACUAUGUUGAGUCUUCCAACCUAUGACACACUAUAUAUUUCCAUUUAUUUAGAUCUUCUUUAAUUCCUCAGUAGUAUUUUAUAGUUUUUAGUGUAUAAGUCUUACCUAUCCUGUUUCAGAUUUAUCCUAAGUAUUUCAUGGGAUGUUAUUAUAAAUAGCAGUUUAAUUUUUUAAUUUGCUACUGUUUAUUGCUAACAUAUAGAAAUGCAAUUAUCUGUUCUAUGAACUUUUAUGUAGAUUCCAUAAUACUUUCUACAUAGAUGAUCAUCUCUAAAAAUAAAGAUAGCUUUUGUUCCCUCCCA